GCACCAGAGGGCUCAGCGUCCCAGCCUCCCCGCUACCACCGCUCGACCCGCGAGCAUCCCAGUCCCAGGACUCUACGCCUGGCUCAGCCGGCGAGCGCGUGGCACGAAGGCGCGUCCGCAUCCAUGCCCCAGCCGAAGGAGCAGGAGGCGCUCGCAGCCCCAGGCGUGUGAUGCGAGGCUGAGCGCUGGGCGGCCCGCGUAGUGCCCCGCUGAAGCAAGAGCGGGAGGAGAGGGGCGAGCUCUUGCUCAGCAAGCCGCGCGCGGGGCGGGGCGGGGCGCAGCUGGGGAGGCCCGGCCGCCCGCUGGGAGCAGCGGAGGAGCGGGCGCGCUGCGGACCCGAAAGAGGUCACGGUUAAAGCUUUGCCAUCAAUUGUGAGCCCAGAGAGUUCGUCCUAAGGUAACACACUAACUCUGCAGCCUCCCUUAAGACCCCCAAGCCCCCGAAGGCGGCGACACCUGAUCCAGCGCACAAACACGGGUCCCUUCUGUCCCCGGAUACAAUUACGCGGCGGAGACACACUUAAACUCACGCGCAGCAGCCAAGAGCCGAGGUAAACAGAGAAACCACGCCGUUCCAGAGGGCGGAAGGGGGGCGGGCUGGCAAAAGGAGAGGGGCGUUGUUUGCUCUCUGAGCUAUGAAGUCUUACACUCCGUAUUUCAUGCUCCUGUGGAGUGCUGUUGGGAUAGCAAAGGCUGCCAAAAUCAUCAUCGUGCCGCCAAUUAUGUUUGAAAGCCAUAUGUACAUUUUCAAGACACUAGCCUCAGCCUUGCACGAGAGGGGCCACCACACAGUGUUCCUGCUCUCUGAAGGCAGAGACAUCGCGCCAUCUCAUCAUUACAGCCUCCAGCGCUACCCAGGGAUCUUUAACAGUACCACCUCGGAUGCUUUCCUGCAGUCCAAAAUGCGGAAUAUUUUCUCUGGGAGAUUGACAGCAGUCGAGCUGUUUGACAUACUGGAUCACUAUACUAAGAACUGCGAUAUGAUGGUUGGCAACCGCGCCCUGAUUCAGGGCCUGAAAAAGGAGAAGUUUGACCUGCUGCUGGUGGACCCGAACGACAUGUGUGGAUUUGUGAUAGCUCAUCUUUUAGGGGUUAAAUAUGCUGUAUUUUCAACUGGCCUUUGGUAUCCUGCUGAAGUGGGUGCUCCUGCCCCGUUAGCUUACGUCCCAGAGUUUAACUCACUGCUCACAGACCGCAUGAACCUGCUGCAGAGGAUGAAAAAUACCGGCGUUUACCUCAUUUCCAGAUUAGCGGUCAGCUUUCUGGUUCUUCCCAGAUAUGAAAGAAUAAUGCAGAAGUACAACCUGCUGCCAGAGAAGUCCAUGUAUGACUUGGUCCACGGGUCCAGCCUGUGGAUGCUGUGUACAGAUGUAGCACUGGAGUUUCCCAGACCCACGCUGCCUAAUGUUGUUUAUGUAGGAGGAAUCCUAACCAAACCGGCCAGCCCACUACCCGAAGAUCUGCAAAGGUGGGUCAAUGGUGCUAAUGAACAUGGCUUUGUCCUGGUAUCUUUUGGAGCUGGUGUCAAGUAUCUAUCAGAAGACAUUGCUAGCAAGUUGGCCGGAGCUCUGGGGAGACUGCCCCAAAAAGUGAUUUGGAGGUUUUCUGGAACCAAACCAAAGAAUCUGGGGAACAAUACCAAGCUCAUAGAAUGGUUACCGCAAAAUGACUUGCUCGGGCAUUCAAAUAUUAAAGCCUUCCUGAGCCAUGGUGGUUUGAAUAGUAUUUUCGAAACUAUGUAUCAUGGUGUCCCUGUAGUGGGCAUCCCACUCUUUGGAGACCAUUACGAUACUAUGACCCGGGUACAGGCAAAAGGCAUGGGGAUCCUGCUAGAGUGGAAGACAGUUACUGAAGGAGAGGUAUAUGAAGCACUAGUGAAAGUUAUCAAUAAUCCCAGCUACCGUCAGAGGGCUCAGAAGCUUUCAGAAAUCCACAAGGAUCAACCUGGUCACCCUGUCAAUCGGACUGUCUAUUGGAUCGAUUAUAUUCUCCGUCACGAUGGAGCCCAUCACCUCCGUGCCGCUGUCCAUCAAAUCUCAUUCUGUCAGUAUUUUUUACUGGAUAUUGCCUUUGUGCUUCUGCUUGGUGCUGCCUUGUUUUACUUCCUCUUGUCCUGGGUGACAAAAUUUAUCUACAGAAAAAUCAAAAGUUUGUGGUCUAGAAAUAAGCAUAGCACAGUUAAUGGACAUUACCCUAAUGGAAUCCUCAAUGGCAAGUAUAAAAGAAAUGGCCAUAUUAAACAUGAAAAGAAGGUGAAAUGAGCCAACAGCCCACCUGAUAGUCACCAAUCUGUUCAGUCAUUGAAUUUUUAUUGCUAUAAUUUAGGCUAACAACUACUAAAAGGAAAACAUCAGUAAAUAAUUCUAAUACUCCCUUAUCUGAUCUUACUAAUGAAAUUCUGUGGAAUUAAGAUGGCUGUAAAAAGCACAAACCUAAAAUGCAAAAAAAGGUAUUUUAUUUGAAUACUGAUGCGGAGAUUUUUGGCACUGAACCUUGUAGAAGCCUUAAUUAUUUAAAUCAAUUAAGUGACCAUGUCAGACCUUAGUUUUAAAUCUUGAUAUAUGUGUGUUCCAGAUAAAGAAGGGUUUCUUUUCUCUUAAAAAGAUUUGUUUGUGUGUGUAUGUGUGCGUGUAUGCGUGUGUUUAUGUGUGUGUGUGUUUCCUAAUUAAAAGAAUUUUAGCUGGAUUCUUGUUAUAUUUGUCAAGAUACAGCACGUUCAGGAAUGAAAUAGAAAGACAGUUAGGACCCAAAUGUUUCUCUUCUAGAAUUUAAUAUAUGGAACUCAGAACAUUACCAUGAAAGAAAACUUUUCCCUCAAAACUGAAUGCAGAGGAAGAAAAUGAAAAGAUAAAUGGCACUAGUUUUUGUAUUUUAGGGAUUUUUUUGGUUUUGGCCUGUUUUGUUUUUAUUUUCCUUUUCUUACAGACUGUGGACACUUCUGGGGGCGGGGGAAGACAUACCAUUAAGUAAAUGUAUAGAUUGGUCGUCACAUUUUACCCUACCAAUAAUUUGCCUCUGGGAGAAUUUUGGAGUUUUUCCCCCUAUUUCCUCUUAAUGAAUAACAUUAUGUUCAAUGUAUAAUUAAGAGCAACAAAGCUCUGAUAUUUGUUCAGAAUACCUAAGAGAACUGCUUAAGUGGUAUCUUUAAACAGAGCCAUUAUUAGAACAUCUUUGGAACUGUGUGUAAUGGCUUUUCUAAAAUGUAAUUUUUGAAUGUUCACGUGGGAUAUUUCCAAAGUUUUAACUUUACAAAAUCACCUUCUUCAUCCCAUUUUGUUGUCUGGAUCACACCAUCUCUUCCAUAGGUGCCAAAGUUUAGUUCUUUGGAUUGGAACAUUCGAAGGUCUCUGUAUUGGUACCUGCUUUGUCUGAGAAGUUCGAGAGCUGGUUAACAAGUCAGACUUUACAUGAUAUACAGAAGUGGCAGAUAAAUUGGACCUCUUGUUUGUGAAAAUGAGUUCCCACUUCCCUCCUCAGCAGGCUCUUCGUUGUGGCUGCCAUGGGACAGCAACAGUAUUCAUUUGAGAAUCGGGGCGCCAGUCACAGGCAUCAUAAAAUCAGGACCUCCCACCUGCACCAUUCGCUCGUUGCAACUCUUAGUUUAUUCCAUGUCAUUCUGUUUACCGAGCAUUUGCACUACACACAUUGAGUGUAUGCUUUAUUUAUUCGUAGUUCGAAAUCUUAUGUCAGACAGCUGAGAGUAGAAAAAUACAUUUACCUAAUGAUACUCACUAAUGUGGGAAGAGUUAUGAAAAUUCUAGAAUGCUGUAAAUCCUGUCAUACACUAUGACAUACAACUUCAUCAAACUCCCACCAGGAGCCACUCUCCUGUACUUAGAAAUAACAUCACAAGUAGUUUUCUAAGGUACAAGGCAGGCAAAUAUAUUGCUCUCUCAAUACUUGAAGAAAUGGUAUUACACAUAUAAGCCUAUUAGUUAUACCUUUUCACAAUCUUAUAAUAUUGCCGUUAAAAGGGAAAAAAGAACAGGCAAUGAAUGGUGGGAUGGUCAUAGGACUUAGAGUGUAUGAAUGAGUCGAUUCUGCUCUUUUGGAAUUGGAUGACGUUGACAGUAGGCGCUCACUGGAUGAUUACGCGUUGUUAAUCUCCAUUGUGAUAAAAUCUUAAACAAUAAACAUGAUUUAAAAAAAUAGAGAAAUGUUGUUGGAAUAAAAUUUUUAUUCAGAUUUUAUUUCACAAUAUUAUGUAUAUCCAUUCUAAACAUGUUUCUGAGACAGGUCUCCCAAAUUUUAUAUGUGUAUAUGAGUGUGAAAAUAGUGUGUGACAUGUGAGAAUUUUUUUUUAUUAUAUUAAACAGAGGGGUUUACCUUAUAAGCACAUCAACAUGGAUCAUAAAAUUGUCCCACAAUUAAGAAUGUUAAGUGUAGGUAUUUACUGAGCAUUGUUGGUUUUUUUGUUUUGUUUCGUUUUCCAGUAAGCUUAUUGUUAGCCAGUUUUGGUAAACAGAAUGAUUUUAAAUUUUCCACACUUGGGCUAGAUUCUCUAAUAAAGUAAAGUUUUCAAGAAGG